GGGCGAGAACUUUUCUGCUUGCAUUUUAUUAAAGUCGAGCGACGUACAAGUGUGAAGUCAUGGACAAUCAAGUCAAAUAGCUGGUGGAGGAUUUUAUCGACACAACAGCGGGGCUGCAGCAGGUGGAAGCAGCAGCGGCCGACGCCGAGAUGACCAACUUGAACUGGAAGCCGUUCAUCUAUGGAGGGAUGGCCUCGAUUGUCGCAGAAUUUGGGACAUUCCCCAUCGACCUGACUAAGACGCGCCUACAGGUCCAGGGUCAGUCCCAGUAUACAGAGGUGCGCUACAAAGGCAUGUUCCAUGCUCUCUUCAGGAUUGGCAAGGAGGAGGGCGUCCGAGCGCUCUACUCUGGGAUUUCUCCUGCCCUGUUGAGACAAGCCUCUUAUGGGACAAUCAAGAUAGGAACCUACAAUUCUCUAAAAAGGCUGUUUGUCAGUCACCCAGAAGAUGAAACCAUGGUCAUCAACGUCUUCUGUGGUGUGGUGUCUGGAGUCCUGUCGUCCUCACUGGCCAAUCCCACUGACGUCCUCAAGAUCAGAAUGCAGGCGCAGGGUAGUCUGCUCCAAGGCAGCAUGAUGUCCAACUUCAUCAACAUCUACCAGACAGAGGGCACCAGAGGGCUGUGGAGAGGUGUCAUCCCCACAGCACAGCGAGCAGCCAUUGUCGUCGGGGUGGAACUUCCUGUCUAUGACAUAACGAAGAAGCACCUCCUUCGCUCUGGCUACAUGGGAGACACCAUUCUGACACAUUUCAUUUCAAGUUUCACAUGUGGCUUGGCGGGGGCGCUGGCCUCCAACCCUGUAGAUGUUGUUCGAACCCGCAUGAUGAACCAGCGAGUUCUGUCAGGAGGCCCCAUGUACAAAGGAACACUGGACGGCGUGAUGCAGACGUGGAAGAACGAGGGCUUCUUUGCUCUCUAUAAGGGGUUCUGGCCUAACUGGCUGCGACUGGGGCCUUGGAACAUCAUUUUCUUUAUCACCUUCGAGCAGCUGAAGAAUCUCCCGUUUUAACACGAACAGGAAGUGGGACUGCACUGAUCUGCCAGACUGUGUCGGACAUAAGCGGGGUGUGAAGCACGGCAGCAUCUGGAGUUUUGGCACCAGUAUACCCACACUCCCUUCUAAAUCCAUACGACGAUACAAUGCAGUAUCAGUAACCUGCCCGUGCUUAUCCAAACCUUAUCUUGACUUCUCUUUUUCUUUUUCUUUUUCUUUUUUUUGCAAAAUGUUUUAUUUACUGUCACUGAUUCUGUUGAGUAGUCUCACCCUCAACCAUAUCUGACACUCCCCAGGCAGCUAAAUAUUAAGUUGUAGCAGAAGACUGAAAGUUUGGAGGUCUAGGUUUAUAUCUUUGAGGAGGUGUGACAGUGGGUUUUCCACUGUGAAUUUGGCGAGUGAAAUCUGAACUUAAAAGAUAAACAGAGAAGAGAAAAGACUUCUGAUUGUAUUCUCGGGAUUCCUACACAGAUAUGGAAAAACAUGGGGAAAUUAUUUAUUAAUAGGGCUAGCAAUUACAAUAUGGAAACAAUAUAGGGAAAAGCUUUUAGUUCAGUUCAGACAUGCCUGGCCUACGUAGCUCGCAGAGUUUUGACAAAGAUGACGAAUUUUGCAUUUGUGUGGGAACCCUGUCUUUUAAGCACGUAGACGUUGCAUGAAUUAUGUUGGGAUAGCUAUAACUGUGGUUUUAACUGUUAAAUGUUGAGGAAUGACAUGGAAGAGUGCUGCAAAUGAUAAAUAGACUAGAGAAUAGAGAAUGUGUAGAGAUAGGCUGCUUUAAGACAGAUUCAGUGACAA